CUGACGGGGAAGGUUACUACAAGCAGAAGAUGAAGCAAGCUAAACCUUCUGAACAGCAGCUGGAUCUAGAACAGAGUUACAAAAUGGAUGCUGUAACAAAAGGGCACAUGUUUAUUCUGAACAUGACUGAAGACAGGACGGGAUCAGAGGUUGAUGUAAAAAAUAUUACGCACGUGUUCAAGGAAAUAGGUUAUGAGAUCGAAACCCAUUCGGAUUUGACUGCUGAGGACCUUAAAGGCAAGCUAAAACAGUUCGUGGAGGAGGACGAGGAAGAUCCUCUUCGCCAUAAAGGCAUGUGCUCUGCUGUGUUCUUGCUCAUGGCACACGGCAAUGAGGAAGGCAUUCAAUGCACUGAUAAGAAAUUGGUAACUACGAAGUUUAUCAGGGAUACGGUUUCUGGGAUGAAGAACAUGAAUGGAAAACCAAAGAUGAUUUUCUAUCAGUGUUGCCGUGGAGAUUACUGUGUCUGCAUUGAAUCUGACAACUGGAUGGGCAUUCUGCCCACGUCGCUGCUGGAAGCAAUCGGUACCCUGGUGAAAGGAACUGGACUUCGCAAUAUCCUUGGAACAGAUAGCAGGGAACUAUACUUCCACUCUCAUAAUGCAGCCAAGGCUCCAAAGGUGUAG